AUGGAAAAGGAGGCAAUGUUCCCGCACUUUAGUGUCAUUCAAAAUAAUUACCAAACAAGGCAACAUUUUGCAAACAAAAGGAGGGAACAUAGUUUCACCCUUGUAAUGUCAUCCCCAAAAUGUGUGUGCAAGGAGAUAAUUGAACAAAUCCAAAUCCCCCGGAUGUUCCCCCCAUUUAUUGUCAUUCUGAAUAGAUACCAGGGAGGGGAACAUUUUGCACACGGGAAAAGGAAAGAUAAUUUCACACGUGUAAUAUCAUCCCGGAAAUGUCUGUGCAAAGAAAUAAUUGAGCAAAUGGAAAAGGAACCAAUCUUCCCCCCCUGUACUGUCAUUCGGACUAAUUACAAGACGGGGACAAAUUUUGCCCAAAGGGAAAAGAGAAAUAAUUUCACACGUGUAAUGUCAUUCCGAAAUUGUGUGUGGAAAGAAAUAAUUGAACAAAUGGAAAAGGAACGAAUCUUCCACCCCAUUGCUGUCAUUCAGAAUAAUUACCGGACGGUGACAAUUUUUCCCCGAAGGAAAAGGAAAAAUAAUUUCAGACGUGUAAUGUCCUUCCCAAAAGGUGUGUCCAAGGAAAUAAUUGAACAAAUGGGAAACAGACGAAUAUUCCCCCCCUUUACUUUCAUUCGGAAUAAUUACGAGACGGGGACAAAUUUUGCAGACAAGAAUGAAGUGGGAUGA